GGAUACUAAACCGUAUACGGACUAUAAAUUGGUAUCUUCAUCAUCUAACGGUUAUGCAUUCAAUGUUAUGCGCUUAAAUUCUAAUAGUUCCGUCGAUCCUGCCAACUUUAGUCGUCCUGUCAAGUUGAAUAGGAAAGAUCCUAAUCAUUUACUUAGACCGGUACCUGAUAUCGAUCCAAACACUGGAAAAGUUAAGCUAGAUGAACAGGAUAGGCCAAUCUUGAUUGAUCCACAAACUAAUCAAGUUAUACCACCAAUCAAUGACAAAAAUAAAAGAUUUUUCAAGAGAAAGACAAAGCAAGUCUUUAUGGCAGAUGAGGACGCUAUGCAACUUAGAAGAACUGAAAGAUUGCCUUGGAUUUUGGAGGAUAGUGAUGGUUCACAAAAGUGGCAUGGUCAGUUAGAUGGUAAACCAUCCGAUCAAAGUUAUAUUAUGCUCGUCUUUAAUGAGAAUCAUGGUUUAGAUUUUAAAGUUCAGCCGACAAACCGUUUUUACAAGUUUAAUCAGCAGCCAAAAUACGAUACUUUAUCUAUGGAGGAGGCAGAUCAAGCCUAUUCAAAAGGUGUCGAUGAUGUCUGGUUUAUGCGUAAUCGAUCUAGACCAGUUGCAAGUACAUCUAACCAAUCUGAUCCCGAAAUUGAUAACAAGCAAUCUAUUCAUCAAAGAUUAGAAGGUAUGAUGAACCAACAACCUGCUCAGUCUAGACAAGCGAACAGGCGCAUGCAGGUUGAUAGAGGUGCAGUAAAAGAAGAAACUUUUGAUGGUUUAUUCGAUGAAAUGGAGUAUGAUGAAGAAUUCCAAGAUGACGAUGAACAAGUUAUCCAAGAUAAUCAGGAUGAUGAUGAACUCAAGGAGUUAGAGGACAGAAUAAAGAAGGAAAUGCAUCAAGCCAACAUCGGCCAUGUUGAACAAACAACAAAUCUUGACGACUUUGAGGAAGAUAUUAAGCCAUUCAAGCAAAAGAGUACCUCAGAGAAAGAGAUGAAGAAGUUCUUGCGUAGAUACGAUAAAUCUAACGCGGACGCCUAUGAAUCUGACAAUUCUGAUGACGAUGACGAUGAGGAAGAAGAAGAGCGUAAAAAACAAGAGCAAGAUCGUGAGCAGCAAAGACGUGAACGUGAGAAGAAAGAACAACAGGAUAAGGAUCAAGCUACCAACUUGGCCAAAUCGAUAAAGAGGGAGCAAUCACCUGCAUCUCUCGCAGCUCAUGAAGUAGCAAGACGGGCUACUAGUCCUUACGCCAAGCAACGCUCAUCAAGUCCAUCCACGAAACGUAGCAGAACAGAUUUAGAAGAUAAACCUGACAACAAGAAGCUCAAGGUGAAGAGAGAGUCGUCUUCACCUUCUGCCACACCACCGAAUUCUGCAGAUGGGCAAGUCUUACAAGAUGAUGAAAUUAUUGCAUUCUUGCGCGGUAAAUCUGUUACCACUAAUGAGCUCAUCCAACACUUCAAAAAACGCUUCAAAGCUCAGCCAAAGAACAGAGAAACAAUUGGUGGUGUGCUCAAAAAGGUGGCUUCCAGAACACCAGAUGGAAAGUUACAAUUGAAAGAGGGUUUAUAAUGUUUGAAACUAGAUGGUAAAAUGUUAUUAGUGAAAUACAUAUAGUUUGCUGCGAUCAUGAAAGCCAUACGAGUGUGCAUUUUAUGACCAGCAUGUAAAAUUCAUAAAUCUUCCCUCUCUGUGAAGUGUUUAAAGUUAAAGGUUAUAAGUACAUGAGGUAUAUUUAAACAUAAUAGCUGUCUAUUCAUAAUCAACAGGUACUGUUAGCUGUCUUACAUGACGUCGCAUAAAACCCAGGUUAUUAUGUCAUUGAUUCAGUGAGAAUAUGGUAGCAAAUCUAUGAAGAAACCAUUGAGUGUAUUCUUCUAGUCAUAAAAUUACUGUAUUAUUUGAAAUCGCCCCUCAAGUUACUUCAUAAUGAUGGAUAACAUAAUUUUUCUUUUGUCAUUCUAGAAGACAACACAAAGAAAAGGAAGUAUCUGCAAGGUGAGUAGCAAGAUUUAAUUUUUUAGUGCAAAGCCAGCUCCAUCAUGUCAUCAGUGAAGCUGAUAGAAGCCUAGCUACUCCUAAACUCUCAACGUCAUUGUGGAACCACUCCAUAAAGCGCUCGUAAACUUGGACUUCUCUCUUUAACACUUAACAUCAACAUAACCAAAAUGUCAGGAGGUCCAAAACAAGCAACUUUCGGUGGAUCAGAACCAAGAGCAGCUAACGAAGUUGAGAAGCAAGCUCAAGAUAUCCAGCGCCAAAAUGAGACCAACAAGGGCGGUGCUGCUGGACGUGAAGGCGUCGCAUCCACAAACCCAUCAGACUACGAUCGUAGAGGCGGUUCAGGUGGUGGAAGUCUGAAUGACCCAAAGAUUUAAGCUAUUGAGCCAUUGUAUGAAUCUGAUGAUAAAUUGUUAUAUAUGCAUUGAUUACAAUAAAAA